UGGAAAUUUUUUCUUCCUUUCUUUCUUUUUUUGCCGUCACUCGUGUGCAUAUUUGCUUUAUGUAAGUUCCUUGAAAUGACUGGGAAGUGGUUAUCAGGCAGACCGCAAAUGCAGACUCAAGCGUUAUUUUUUUUUUUUUUCCCCUCUGAAACUGCUUCGAUAACAUACAGAACACAUAUUGUGCCACAUCCUGUGUGAUCUGAGGAAGUCAAAACGCAAGACUCAUCUGAAGAGCCACUGCAGUUAGCACUUUAGAUUCAAACGUCAAGCACACGAGCUGGGAUUCAAAUAAUAAUACAACCGUAAGAUAAUAUAAAGAACAAAAGUAAGGCCAUGCUUCAAAGGACAGCUUCAAAUGUCUCAGAUAAACCUAAACACAUCAAACCAAAGAGAUCCACCAGUUUCGGAAAGUUUGACGGCUUCAGGCAUCUGAACUCACCUGCCAGGCUUGAGGAAGAUGGAACCAUUCUGGCCGAGGGUGAGUCAGGAGCGGAGAGGAAAGACAAGCAGCACGGUUUGGGGAAAAAGAUGAAGGCCAUCGCGUUGACGAUGAGGAUAGGCAAGAAGCACAUCAAGUCCUGUUCCGAGGAUGCGGGUGACGACACAGACCGACAAACAGAAGGAGGUACAGAAAGCAGCGCUCAGUUGGGGAAAACUCCAAACCACUCGAGUAACUCGUUAGAAAGUCUCUCCAGUGGACAGAGCUCUUCCGGUGCCACGACCGGCAGCUUGGACGUGUCCGGUAACCCAGACAGCCGAGGUGAGGACACGUCCUACACGGGUCCGUUUUGUGGACGAGCCCGAGUGCACACAGACUUCUUCCCCAGUCCGUAUGACACGGACUCGCUCAAGCUCAAGGUCGGUGAUAUUAUCAAUAUCAUAAGCAAACCCCCUAUGGGAAUAUGGACGGGCUUGCUGAACAGUAAAGUAGGAAAUUUCAAGUUCAUCUACGUGGAUGUGCUGCUUGAGAAGGAAAAAAAUGAAGACGAAGGAGAGGAAGAGACUCCACAGAUCAGGCCUCAGAGACUGUCCAAAAGACCUCGACCCAAAACACUGCUGGAGUUACUAGAGCGAUUACAUUUACAGGAAUACAUCUCGACUUUGCUCUUGAACGGCUACCAGUCUGUGGACGAUCUGAAGCACUUGAAGGAGAAGCAUCUGAUUGAGCUGAACAUCACAGAUCCGGAGCACAGACGCAAACUACUCGCCGCCUCAGAGGUCAUCUAUGACAUGGGCCGGGGCGAGCUGGCCGAGACGAUGUGUGAGGAGGACGACGAGGAAGCGAGCGACUGUCCUCGAGACUCGGGCUGUUUCAUCCCAAACGACUGUACAGACACGAGCAGAGAGGACGCCGAUAUUCACUGACGUCACUGUUCUCGGAACUGAGCCAUGAGGAUUUGUGACUACUCACAAAUUCAAAUAAUUACACAUUACGUUUGACUGUGGAUUUGUAGAAAUAGGUCUGUAGUUUACUGUGUUAAAAUAUCUGCUGACUUUUGUAUUUAUACAUGACAUACUCAUUUCUUUUUCUGUUGGUCUCUGUAUAUUAAUAUAAACCUACUGUGUAUAUAUAUAUAUAUUCCUACUUUUUUAAAUGUUCAGUAAGAGUUAAUAAAUUAUUUGUUUGACA